UCCAGCCCACGUCUCACGGAAAUGUCCCGUUAUACCUUCGGCUCAGAAGGAGCUGCGUGGCCCGUUUCCCAGCGAGACUUCACCGCGCCACAUGUCCUGUGUUACAUGCAGGCAUUUGUUUUGUUUUUGUACUGCUCUCUCCUCUGCCCUGUGUGUUCAGGUGCUGUGGGUGUGACCGGAACUGGAGCUGAUUGGCCAGCUGGCUGCCAAUCAGAGUGGAGAGGGCCAUUUAAAAGGAGCUGUGUGCUGCCUCUUUCUCUCUCUCUCUCUCUCCUCUGUGUAUAUGGCUGCUAGCCCAGGUUUGUUUGGUUGGGAGGAUUGGUUAGGUAAGUUUGGGGAUCCCUGUACAUUUCAUCACGUAGAUUUUUGUUGUUAGACACACUAGUUAUCAGUUGUUGCCACCCUUGUUGUUUUGAGUUUUCCAAAUUCUCUUUUUUAGACCAGGUAGGCUAGGCUUUUGAUUUCUUUCCUUUUUGUAGCCUAGUUUUCAGUUAGGGCCUGUUUUGGUAUACCUUUUUGUUUGUUGAUUUGGCACAACUGGCCCACGCCUCCUCCCACCAACCGUUUGUUCAUUUUUUUGUGCACUUUAAUGAAGGUUUGGCUGUCAAAUAAAAUAUCUGCCAAACUGACUUUGCCUCAAGGGUUGUUUUAUACACGUUGUGUUCCUUGUUGGACAUAGGGGACAUAACAUCCUGGAAUACAUCAGUGAGGAGCGCACUCGGUGCGAUGCUGUUGCGUAGACCGAGCCUGUCUGCCCUGCUGUCCGCUUGGCUCCUGCUUCUGUCUGCGGGCCCGGGGUUUGUCCCUGGAACCGUCUCUGGGGCCGGACUGAUCCGUAAGAAGCCUCCUGUGCGCCGCGGGUGCCUGCCCCUCCCGGAGGAGAUCCUGGAGCAGAUGUACGGCCGGCUGACAGUGGGAAUCAUGAGCGCCUUCCACCACGCGCUGCAGCUGGAGCAGAACCCUCAGCAGCAGCACAACGCCAGCUGCCCAUUCGCCGCGUGGGCCUCAGCCGCCUCAGGGCCCCGGCUCCCGGUCAACCUGCUCAGCAUCUCGCCAUGGGCCUACAGGAUGUCUCAGGACUCGUCCCGGUACCCGCGCUCCAUUCCAGAGGCAUACUGCCUGUGCAGGGGCUGUCUGAUUGGUCCAUAUGGACAGGAGAGCGCAGACUUCCGCAGUGUUCCCGUCUUCGCUCCAGCCGUGGUGCUGAGGAGGAAUGGCCCAUGUGUGGGUGGGCGUCACACCUACAGCGAGGACUACAUCUCUGUGGCUGUAGGCUGCACGUGUGUGCCAACCAUGGAGCCGGAGCCCAGGGCCCCACAGGGCAACAGCAUCUGAGGGCAGCACGGUCUG